CUAUUUUUCUACAAGUUCAAUAUCCAUAUUUUAUUUAAUUUUUUGUCAAAUAAAAUAUGGAUGAUGAAAAGAAGAAAAAAAAAGGAAAUAAGCUAGAUUUAAAUUUAUUGCCUUCAUCAGUAAAAGAACGUUAUGCAGCAAUGGGAAUACUUCCAAAACCUUAAAUUCCAAAAGCUAAUAUAUAAGUUGAUGCAUAGAGGAUGAAAUAGAAAAAAAUAGAGAAAGAAUAACCAAUAGAAUAAAAAUUAGAGAGUAUUGAAAUCAAAGCAAGUGAAAAAAAAUAAUUAGAAAAGUAUAUAUAAAAUUAGUUUUAUAAUAGAGUGUUCUAGAUGCUAAAAAAGAAGGAUGUUGAUUAUUUUGAUAUGAAAGAUGUUGAUAAAAUGCUAAGAUUUUUAGGAGUAGCAUUAACUAAAUCAGAAAUUGAUUUAAUGUUAUGGGUUUAUUUUAUUUUAUUUAUAAGAUAGGAAGUUGAUGAAAAUCUUGAUGGAAAAGUUAGCUGGACUGAAUUUUUAAAUAUGUACAAAAAAUGUACAAUUGAUAAAACCGGACUUGAACCUAAGAGUUUAUUUCAUAUGGUUUAAUUUCUAAUGUAUCUUCCUCUAGAUAGAAAAGAUCUUAAAUAACUGUUGAGGUUAUAAAUAUUUUAUUAAUAUUAGGAUACAUUAGAAUUACUAUAUGUUAGAUUUGGUAGGUAAUCAUUAGAUUCAGAAAUUCAUGCAAUAUUUGGAGAUGAAGAAAAAAAUAAAGAUGGAUAAGAAAAGGCUAUAUCAUUUAGUGAAUAUAUGGAAAAAAUUAAUGAAAGAGCUAUUUAACAAAGAAAAUUAAGAAAAGAAGAAUAAAAAUAAUAAUUUUAAUAUUUUAAAAAGGAAAAAAAUUGA